GUAGAUGUUUUUUAAAGCGUCACUGUCUGACAAUGAAAAGAGCUUCAUCAAGACCUCAACAACUUAAAGAGCAGCUACUCCAGGCCAUCGAUGCUCAACAUAAUCAGAUACAGAACAUGAUGGCUGUGUUGGAUGUGAUAUGCUGUCUGGAAAGGUACCCCAUGACUAAAGAGGCUCUAGUGGAAACCAGGCUUGGAAAGCUGAUCAAUGAUGUGAGAAAAAGAAGCACAGACAAAGAUCUUGUUAAACGUUUAAAAAAACUUGUACGGAGUUGGCAGAGGCUGGUUGGAGUAAAUGAAGCCGCGGCAAAAGGGCUCUCAAGCUCUGUGGAUUCAAUUCCCGCUGAACAUAUUCCUGGAUCAGCACAAACCUUCACGGAAAAUUACAGCAGAACUCUUUUCCACAAUAACAUGAACCAGAGGGAUGAAAUGUCAGGUAAAAACAUUAAAUAUCCCAUCAGUUUUAGAAAGAGUAAAAUACCCGUCCGUGCCAUCAGACCAUAUUCCUCGUCCAUCAAGAAUUUACAACAGUUCACGAGCUUGAGACCAUCUCUGUCCAAUCAGCAUUCCCAAGAGCAGCACAAGCCCCAAAGACAAGACACCUCGGCCAGUCGCAGUGACACAAAGCACCUUAUGGUGGCCGAGGAACCAGCACAAUCCACCUGUGUUACUUCUAGUCUAGCUUUAAAUUCCUCCAUCCAAGAUUCAAACAUAAAGAUGCAGCAGCCUUCAGACCUCCUCAACAUACUCAAACCUGCUACGCUGAACGUUAACCUCUAUGAGGUCUCCACCACAGUGACAGAUAUAAGGACUUUUGAGGAUACGAAGAAUCAGCAUAACAAUCACACUGUCAAAGUUGAUGGACGUCCUGCAGAGGACAAUACCAAAACUACACAACAGCAAGCAAGCAAACUAACGUAUGACCCUCACAAUCGACAAAUCAGACCUAUAUCAAGUAAAACAUCGGACUGUCAGAGAUCAACAGGAAGUGAAAUCCAAGGCAGUGAGCGUCUGAAACAAAACCUUUGUUUGGUCCAACAGACUAACUGGAGAGAGAUGUCACAAUAUAAGAUGAUUCAGAAUAGCUUGCCAACUUCAGAAAGAUCAGGGAUGGACUUUUCUGUGGCUGAGAAUUUCAAGCAGGAGACAAAUUUAAAAGUCUACAAAAAAACACAUGCGUUUAUACCAGAUUUCCCUGUCACAGACCUUCCUGGGGUCAGCCGAGAGAUCACCGAGCGAGACCUUGUCAGGAUACGCAGUCAUCGAUGGCAUGGUGUGAAUGGCUGUUAUGAUAAUAGAAAUAACUGGUACGACUGGACUCAGUCCAUAACCCUGGAUCCAUAUGGGAAUGGGAGUAAACUUAAGAUCUUGCCUUAUGUUGCCAUAGAUUACAGAUUUUGAGACUGUAAAGGCAUGUUUCUUAAAAGUGGAUUCACAACUAUUUUAGACCUGUGUGCAGAGCUGGGUAUUAUCAGAUACUGAUUACAAAUUAAAUGACAAAAUCAGUAAUAUAAUCUCUUAGAUUACACAUUUUUGGUAACUACUUUUGGAUUACAUUUAGAUUACUUUUGUGCUAACCCUUAUUUGA